AUGACAAGACCAACAGAUAUUGAAGACACGUACAACCAGGAAGAGUUGUUUAAUGUGAAUAUUCAAGUGAAGCAAAGUGUUGUACAAGCUAUCAUUGGCCUUGGAAGUCAAAAAAACUUGAUUUCAGAGGCUUUAGUAAGAAAAGUGGGUUUAGACACCACACCACAUCCUAAGCCGUACCCGCUAGGAUGGAUUCAGAAGGACGUUGACUUACAGAUCACGAAGCAAUGUACCUUCAAAUUUUCUAUCACCAAUCGAUAUAUCAAUGAGGUGACAUGUGAGGUGGUUCCUUUGGACGUUUGCCAAGUCAUAGUAGGUAGUCCAUAUUUAUGGGACCGAGAUGGCAUUCACUAUCGGAGGCUUUGCAAGUAUAGACUUCUGAAGGAUGGGAAGGAGUUCCAUAUCAACGAGAAGUUCAAGGACUUAUUUCAGGAUGUGCAUGGUUUGCCACCGAGGAGAGCUGUGGAGCAUGAUAUCCAGUUGGUAGGAGAUUCACGUAUACCAAACUUGGUCAUCAAACCUAGUUGCUCGCCAUGUGGUUCGCCAGUGUUACUUGUGCCUAAGAAAGACGGAGGCUGGCGUUUGUGUGUAGAUUAUAGGGCACUCAACAAAAUAACCAUUAAUAAUCGGUACCCAUUGCCGAGGAUUGAUGACAUGCUAGAUCAACUACAUGGUGCACAUUACUUCACUAAGUUUGAUCUCAAAUCUGCCUAUCACCAAGUCCGCAUCCAUGAAGAAGAUACUUGGAAGACUGCAUUCAAAACAAAGCAAGGACUAUUUGAGUGGUUAGUCAUGCCAUUCGGGUUAUGUAAUGCUCUAGCUACCUUCAUGCGAUUGAUGAAUGAGUGUCACAUGGGAGGACUAUCUUCGUCAUAUUGCUCAAGUUUUGGAGGUUCUAUGAACAAAUCAGUUACAGUUAAACGGAGAAUUGAAAAUGGACCUAGAGAAAGUACAUGUGAUUUCUCAAUGGCCUACGCCCCGUUCAGUAACUGA